UUGUUUAUACUUCAUUUCGGCUUCGAGUUAAAAAUAUUUCAUACAAAAAAAUCCAAAGUGUUCUCCAAGAAUUCCCUGGGAAAGUAUGUUACGCAUGCUUGAAACUCGAUCGCUGGGCCACACGUGCUCCUGCGCAGCGUAUGAAUGGGCCGGCGGAGGGCGGGAAGGGCCGCGGCCCGCGGGGAAGGGACGGAGGCUUUUUUCAGGCAGUAGUUGCCGAGGCGCGGGCGGAGACGCGCGUCCUGUGCUUGCAAGCUCCCGUGUUUAAGUCAGUGUAUUUGUUAAGUGAUUAACCGGAGAUCAUUAAAGUUAUAACUUUAAACAUGGCUUCGGAUCCCGCUCCGCUGUCGAAGACGGCAAAGUAUAAGAAGAUCACAAAACCUCUUUUGGAACGCAAGCGGCGCGCGCGCAUCAACCGUUGUUUGGAUGAACUUAAAGAUCUCAUGGUCGGCGCUCUAGAGAUCGAUGACGACAACCUGAGCAAGUUGGAGAAGGCAGAUAUCCUUGAGUUAACCGUUAACCAUCUUACAAAGUUACACAGCCCGAGGGACCCGGUUUUGGAGACCAAGAAGUUUCAAGCGGGUUUCGGACAAUGUGCGGCCGAAGCUUGCCGAUUUAUUAUGUCCGUGCCGGACUUAGACGCAAACGUCAGUCAAAAUUUGAUCAGCCACUUAUCAAGACUGAUCACGGCUCAACCACUUACCAUUCAAGUACCAGAAAGACCAACCUUCUCACCACCGACUUCGCCUUCAUCCGUGAUCUCCGACAGACAACAUUACUACAGCGACCACGAUAGGUCUUCUUCAGAUGCGGAAGAUUCCGUGUAUUCGGGGGAAGCUCCCAAACAAUGGGCUUACAACAGACCUCCUACAAAAGCCGCUCAAAAAAUACCACCCAAUGGCUUACUGACAACGGUUGACAAGAUGAACCAUCACGGCGCUGUAGAACAAAUGAACGGCCACAGAAACGGGGCGUAUUUCAAAAGAGUUCCGGCCGAGGCGAAAGAUGUCAUACUGCAAAAAAUCAGACAACACAUAAUGGACAAGCGAAGCAACGACAACGUUGAUGUGAACAUGAGCGCGGAGCCAGCGCCGGAACCAAAAUAUUUACAGAGGGACGAGCCAUACAGAGGCGAGUACACGUACCAGUACUCGCCACCAAACACAAACAACGAUACUCUAGACCUCCGGAAGGUUAGAUCGCCAGCGAAAUCCAGCGAAGCGGCGUACUCGCCGAAAAACAUGGUCGCGCACCCCGGCACUAAUCAAUUAGACGUAACUCCACAGAGCAAAGUUGAGGUGGCACCCAUUGUUCCGGAACAAUGCGAAUCGCCGAUGGAUUACAGCAACUUACCGCCUAAAAAGAAAAGGAAACUGAUCGAGUACCAGGAGUACAAAAAGAAGGAGGAGGCUCGUCGCCAGCUCGAGGCUUUCUACGACGAGAAAAAAGAGCGUCACGCGGAGGGACCACCGGCCGACGAUGGCGACAGCAAAUGGCGCCCGUGGUGACGGCCCUCGCGUCACCCGCCUAUUGUGAUAUUAAUAGUCUCUUCUUCCAUAAAAAAGCUUUAAUUUGUGUUAAUUUAUCUAUGUUUAGUCGUUUAGUAUGUAGUUUCUAAGUGCCUUAUAUUUGCUUUAAACUGUUUACGUGUAGAAAGGCACUGAACAUUAUUUAUGUGCCAUUUAUAUGAUCUCGAUGUCUUCCUAUAUUGUACCCGUGUUAAGAUGCGUCUUCCAUGUACAAUAAUAAUAAAUUGAUAAACUUUGAUGAUAUUAAAUGAUGGAUUUCAUUUGUUUGAGAACCCGAGCCCUCGUCGAGCAAAAAGUAAGUAUGAGAUGACAAUCUCUAUUAAAACAAAAAACGAUCCAUGAUUGAUGUUAUUGAACACAUUU